UACGUCAAGUGACGCGUUUCCCGUGCCCCUGGCUGUACGCAUGCCUCAUCUCCACUCUGUAUUGAAUGAGUGCAAAGACAGAUUCCUAGCGCCCCAUCGCCAGUCCUACGAAUGGCGGUCAUAAUAUUGAUUUUCGGCGCAACAGUGUAUUAAUUUUGUAUCGUGCGACAGUCCUCUCCGUCAAUACGUGUUGUGGCAGUGAUUUUAUUACAUUAUUAUAAAUAGAGAAACAAACUAUACAGUAUACAGUGCCUUCGCAAGUGUUUUCUUAAUUUUAAGUUAGACAGAUCGGUCAGCGACAACAAGAGGCUGUGCGAGACAGUCCGCUGCGGGAAAGAGACGGAGAACAAACUGUUGGUGCAGAUCAGCGAAGCCGAGCAAGUGUCGGACUUUGAAAGGAUUCUUAAUUGUAAUGCAAUACUGUGCGAGCGCGCUCACGGACACGUGUGGCGGCGUUGCUUCGCGAGUCAGCCCUCUGCGGCCGUUGUGCCGCGGCCUCGCUCUUCUUACUCUCUCUUCACCGUAAGCCAGACGUAUCACUAUCUCUUCCAGCAACACGAGGAAUCUCUACAACCACUUAUCGAGCAAUAUAGACAAGAGAACGCCGAAGAUAAGUCAAAUAUUCCACAGAGUUUACUUGGCAAAAAUUGGUACGAAAACCUUCAAGAUUUGUCAGAGUUUUACGAAGACGAUCAAGCUUUGCGACGCGAAAUCGAGAGUAUAACUGACCGUAUUAUAUCAGAAGAAAUUGAAGCAACAAACGAAACUCAGCAUUCCGCAAGAAAUAAAAAUUUCAAAGUAAAUUUAGCUGGUCUUAUCGAUCUUCACGUUACUGGAGAGGGCUGUUCCCCUAUUUCAGGUCUCGAGGAAUCAGGACCUUCGCCUGACGUAGAAAAGCAACUCGCAGAUGAGGGAGAGGACGAGAAGGAAUGGCUUUCACCGAUUAUGAAUGCAAACUGCGAUGAUCAAAGCGGUCACAAUAGAGACCCCAACGUGGAAUGCUUAGUACAAGACCUGAAUAACAUCAAAAUAGACAGUGAUGCUAAAGUGCCGACGAUAACAUUCAGUAAUUGUUGCGACGGUUGCGUCAAGAGUGAUUCGCCGAACAAUUCGGACGUAGUCAUUCACUUGACCGUGCCCUCUAUUGAUAACAUUGAUGAAGCCCGACCGCCUAUGAUGUGACCUUGUUCGGUUCAUUUGCUAGAUUGAUUUAUGCCAACAAUCAAUUGGAAUACGCUUAGCUCGUUGAAAAAUGAUUGCAUUGGAAUCAGAGCAACCGUCAAUACCGAAAGACGAUAGAAUGCCGAAAGCUGAGCCGACGACUUCUCAAAGAACGCUGACGAGGUCGAGUGCCGUUAGUCAGAAGUCCGUUGAGAUAACGGUGCAUCCUGAGGGUUCCAACAAUCCACUGCACAGAUCGAAGCUAGCGCCGACGCGAUCGUCCUCGGAGACUCAAUCGUCAGGCAAGAAAAUACUCAAUCUCAGGAAAACGAAGAACUCAUCUAUAGAAUCGACGAUGAGUUUACCCAAUCAGAAGUCUCUUGAAAAGAAACAUGGGAGUCUUAGACAUCAGAAGGCGAUAGGAGCUCAUUCUGAUAUAACUUUAAGCACGCAACCUUCGAUACAGGACGAUCGGAAAGCACUAAGGGAGGCGUUAUACCAGGGUAUAUUUCACAGGCAUAGAAGAACGAUAUUCGCUGUUGGCUCUUUUCUCAGAAUGUUGAAGAGCAAAACGUCCAAUUAUGAUUCAAUAAGAUCGGACUCCGAUGAAAUAUAGCACUCGCAGAAUGGUAAGAAGUGACUGUUGAAAAUUUUAUAAUAGUUUUAAUUAAUAACAAAAAAAAAAGAAAAUAUAUUGGUGCCACUGACUGAAUGUGCUUUUUAUAGGUAAAUGAGAGAGUUACCAACUAAAAUGUUAUUAGAUACUGUAGUUAAUAAGUAUUUUUUAUUUAUAUUAAAAUGUUCCUAAUUCGUUGUGAAGUUUUGUUUUAUAUUAUAUGAACCCCGCUUGGAAAUACUUCGCAAUUAAUUGUAUAACGUGUAAUGAAAUGGUUGUUAUGUAACGACCACUUAUGGUUGUUACGGUUUUAAUAUGUACAUUGGUGGAGUAACAUUCUCUUAUUCGAUUGAACCUUGAAACAUAAAGUUUUGAACCGGGUUCGCAAGUCGUCAUAGCGUGUAGGAAAGUGGUCACGAGAAAGAGUUUCAUGUUGAAAAAACUUUGAUAAAAGAAAAUUACAUUGCCCUUGCUUGUAAGCAAAUAGUCGGGGAAAUUGAAGUGCAAUAAAAAGGGCAAAUGUAUAAAUGAAAGUGAGAGUAAUUGAUUUUUAAAUAAAGUAGAUAACAGGAUACAAAACCGAUGUAAAAAUUAAAUUGCUAAAAUUAUAAUAAGGUAAACAACUUUCCAAGAAAUGUUAUAAAGUAAUCACAAUUUAUUGUUUUUCAUACCAAAAACUGUAGUAUUUUACGUAUAACGUAAUAUCUUUUGUCAAAAGCUGUUCUUAUCAUAAACACUAAUAAAGCAACUAAAUUAUAUUAUUUGCUUUCAGAAAUUCAUAAUUCAUGUUAGUUGUGUUUCGUGACAUACUGAAAUUGAUUUCUAUAGACUGAUGUACCUAUGUAUGAUUUCAAUAGAUGACUUAAUUGUACCCAAUUUAUUUGACACUCCAAGACGUAAAUGAAAAAGGAUUGUCAAACGUUUAAUUAAAGGCAGUGUGUCUGGAACUCUGGAAUGGUUAAUACAAGCAACAGAGGUGAAAUUCUAAAUAGUAGGGUGGAGUAUAUUCAACCCUGUAACUAUUGAUGUAUGUUGAUGAAACGGUAGGGGUGUGUCAGGGUCGUCGUAAGUAAUAAUUGUCUCUUCCCAGUCGACUAGACUAUAUUCUUUUAUAUGUAUUCUAUAAAUACAAGAAGUAAAAGAUACAGUGACUUAUUCUGGUUGAAAUAUCAGUUUAUGUAUAGGGAAUUAUUUAAAUGAUAAUAACAAUGCAAUUGGUUUCCUAAAGUUUAUAUUAGGGAUAUGGUUGCCCACCCUACUAUAUAAUAUAGUAUGCUACUAUAUUUGGGGAUCAAAUACUAAAAAAAAUACAGUAAAUAUUCUUAAAAAAUAUAUAUAUAUUUUGCAUAAAGCACACUUUUGCCAGUAAAAGAUUUUUAAAAUGAAAACCUAAUUAUUUAGAUAGAGAGCAGCAAAAAUAUACUCAUUUUAAAAAAUUAAAAAAGUAAAUAUUUUAACCACAUAUUUUUUUUUGCCAUCUACUAUAUUUUUGGAGGUAACAUUGGAGGCUUGGAAAAUACUUUAAUUGAUAUAAAAAAGUUGGUUACCCUUACUAGGGGUAAUGACAGGGUACAGUAAACGAAAUUUUAUUCAGACCGUCAUUUAGAUUUAAAAAAAAUAAUGGACCCUAUUUUUUUUAUAUGUCAAUCAACAUUAAAAUUGCAAAGAUAAAGCGCAUCAAAUUAUUUAAACAUGAGCCUAUUAAGGCUCCUUUCCGUACAGCAAAAUAUUAAUUUUGCUGUACGGAGUAUGAAAGCAGACUGGUGUCGAUUCUGGCAUGAUUCUCUAAAUCUAAACUUAAAUUUGACAACAGUGUAUCCUUGUCAUUCUCUAUAUAGAAGGAAAAGGAGAGACUGAUGUUAUAUUUAGUUUUAAGUUUAGAGAAUCACGCCAGAAUUGACACCACUGUUGUCAUAAUUAGUUUAAAUUUAGAGCAGCAUGUCCCACGGAAUUAGGUUCAACUCAACAUAGUUGUUGUAGUUUGUAACUAAAAGUGUUUAUUCAAAUCGGAGUUAUAACAAGAUUUUUCAUUAUUUCGUGAUAUGGAAAUAAGUCAAGGUGAAUAUUGUCGAGCCGAGCGCCCUUGGGCUGGGCUAUACACGCGAUAUCACUGUUCGGUGACCAAAAGGACCUAUGUAUAAUCAUAUAUUACAAUGUCAUUAAAUAUUCCCGAAACGUAAUUAAAAAACGAUUUGAUGUAUCUGCGUUUGAGAAUUAUAAGAUCAUUAAAACUUCCAUGCAUAGUUUAGUUUCAAAUACUUGUGCUUUUAUCAGGUAAAUAUUAUUAGACACGAAAUUUUGAAUAACCUUUUGAAAUUUUAAAGGACAAUUGCUAUUGUUUGGUACGGCUACACUUUCUAAAGUUAAAAGUUUAAUUGCUUGUUAAGUAAAUGAAAUGAAUACAUUAUUUCAGGCAAUUAAAUAUUUACUCACAAAUUUUUUCACGACAUUUUUCCUAACUAUAAUAAGGUGAUGUUACUCCAUCUUUCAAAAUUAGAAAAUAAGAAUUCGUAUUAGUCUGAAAGAAAUACUUCAAGAAACAGAUACUUAACAAAUUGCGAGAAAUCCUGACAAAUUCAGGUUUGAAAAUCCAAAAACUCCAGAUUUCAGAAUAAAAUAAUUAAAUUUUUAAGUUAACACUCGGCUAACCAAGAUAGAAAGAUUUAUAAAUAUAUAUAAACGCUUAAAACCAUUGCCGAAAUGAUUUUUAUUUUUGUUUAAUAGCACAGUGACUUGAUGUUUAGAUAUUUUUUAUAGACGCAAUUUAUAAUGAGAAUAAAUCCUUAAGUGAAAAAAAAAAUAUUUGCUGUACAGUUUAACUUUGAUUUCUAAUGAAACGUGCUGUAAUAUAAAAGCAAACUAAAGUUAUUUUGUUUAGUUGCAUAAAAUGACAAGGGAGAUCUGAGAAUUUCAAUUAAUAUGAGACAAAACAGCCCUUGUUUGUAAAGACUCGAAUGUCAAAAGGGCAUCUUGAAUAAAUAUCAAAUGUCUAUCAUCCAUAAGUAAUGUGUUUAAGGCCUUUUAUCUUUUGCUAUAUAAAUUGCCUUUUGAAGUAAGAUUCAAUUCUGGGAAACGAAUGUUAUUUCAAAUAGCAGGACCCAGACGUUAUUAUGGGCUCUGGAUGGUUCCAGCAAAAUGUUAGUUUACAGUUAGGUAACUACGACACAUGCCAUACGAAUGAUCUAGAAUAUCAUUUUCCUCGACUGAUAUAAUGUUGUUUACUAGUUGUGGUUUUUUUUGGAUGAACCUUUAAUGUUUUAUUUAACGAUUUGCCAAAAUAUUGUGAUUGCAAAAUUAGUGAAUUCACUUGUCUUGUAGACAUUUACAAAAAAAUUAAGAGAAGUUAUACACAGACUGCUGAAGCAGUUAGGCAGUGAUCAACAAACACGGCCAGCUCGAGCAGCCGGAAUAAACAGCUUGAAACUGUCAUUUCACCGCGCUGUCCGCCAGAAGCAGUUGCAACUGCUCGAGCAGUGUGUGUACAUAGCAGACUGUAGUUCACUAAGAUAGUGUCCGACAGGAGCAGUGAUCGUAAUUUUUUUGGCCUGGGAUGGGUCGCUGAGUGUGAUAACACCGAGCUAUACUUAGAUUAAAAUAAAAAGGGUAGAUACGGUACGCUCAUACUUGCAUCAAACAAAAACUGAUCCCACGGCAGCGCGAACGGGACGGCGAGAUCCGCGUUACUGCAUUACCGACCCGAACGAAACAGCACGUUAAGUUUCAACGGCAGCGCGAACGAGACGGCGAGAUCCGCGUCACUGCACUACCGACCAAUCACGCGACCAGUACUCGACGUCACUACCGAAUAAGAUUCAAAAUAAACAGCAAUUUUUAUGAAAAAAUAUAUUUUAUAGUACUUACGAAUGAAAUGUGAUGCUGUGGGUGUUAUUUUUAGUUCUUGAGCAAUUUGAGCACUUUUUAAAAACACACUUAGGCAUUGUUUUAUCAUAUAAACACAAAAUAUUAGCAAUAUUUCUUUUUGGCGUUCACAUGUACGUCGUUUGCAUGUCAAGUUGUGACUAAAGCGAUUAGGGUCGUGGACCACAAUUCAUGCGGUCGCUUUUGUGAGGCUAGUGCCGUAUCUACCCUUUUUGUUUUAAUCUAAGGAGCUAUAGGACGCUCGGUGUUACCAUGUUUAGUGAUUGGUUUGCUACUCUUAUUUUCAUUGAUCACGGAAGGGAAUUUCGAUCAUUGGUUCGUGUCGGUCAUUGAUGCCACUACCUUAUGCAGUCGUAGCUUUAAGAGUCGUAGUAGUCCAUACUGACUGCUUCAAGCUGUCCGUGUAUGAGUGCUCUUAGUAGAAACCUAAAUUAUUGUAUAUAUAUAAUGUGUGUGCUUUCUCUAAUAGAUUUUCAUUUCUACUGUCCAAACACAAAGUUUUAUUUUGGCCAAAGUUUAUCUUUAAUUGGUUGUUUGGUCUUCUAGACUGUCUGUGGUACCAGUUAAAACCAGCCCUAGUAAAUAAUACUCAAUUAAUAGGGCAUCUAACGAACCUAAGGUAUACGGAAAUCGAGAGACGUCAUUCAGUACAUUGCUAGCGGUAUCAACUCUUUGUGAACCUAAUUACUUAAAUGGUUCUAUUAGUUGCUCACGUCUCGAACAAAGCCUGUUAUUAAAGGCAGACCGAAGGAUAUAGUUACAUAACAUCACUCGGAACAUAAGCUUAUUGAUCGAAUGUACAGUUUUUGGACUGGUUUCCAGCCGAUCCCGUCUUGACCUCUUUUCAGGUCAUCGUACCAAGUGCCAACUUGCUUAUGCACAUGACAACAGCUUUUCUUGAUCCAACUAUUUUGUGGUAUUUUUUGAAACAAAAUCUUGUGUGUCAUAUUCAUUACUUUUUGAUGUGUAACAUCUUUCCUCUCGCUUUCCUGCAAUUUGUGGGAGUGAUUUUGUAAAGUGGGACGGAAGUGUGUAACAGGAAGUCGCGAAAGCGCGCGCUAUUUGAUUUGAUUGUAGAACAUAAUGUUCUAAUGGUUUAUUCUUUUGUAGUAGGUUUUAUUUCUUUUUUUACUAAUAUAAGGUGAGGUUUGAAAUGUUACACAUCAUACGCGACUACUGUAAGGCUCGCUCGUUUUUUGUGUAUCAAGUUUGAAAGUUGUAAUCUUACGUAAGACAACCUAACCACAAAAUAGAUAACAUUAUCUGUUCAAACUAACAUUUUCACAUUUAAGCAAAUGCAAAUUCAAAAUUCGUUAAAAUGUAAGAAAUUUUGCAGCAGUUGCACCUUAAACAUUUUAAUAACACUAGAAAAGUAUAUAAAAUAUAUUACAGAACUCUUGAAUUAGAAAUAACGUAACUGUUUUUUUUAAUUAGGACCUCUAUAAGACAGAAUGACGCUAAAAUACCAAACAAAUUGAAAUACUUACGAUACAGUCUCUUAAAAAAGUAGGACAAAGAAUAGCCGUUCAUUAUUGAAGUUGUAUUGAGGAGAAAAACUUUUUACAUGCGACUUUUAAAACAAACUUGAAGUAUUUCUCUCAGACACGAAAGUGAUGCUUCUAAAACGAAUAGAGCUUAUUUGCCCGUAGUUCCAAUAUCCAAUCAAAACAUAUACAAAUAUAUAGAUAUUAUUAUAAUGAUUAUGGGUAUAUGUAGUUUUGUAAAUUGUUUUGCGAUAAUUGUUAGGUAUAAAUCGAUUAUGGUAGUGGUUAGCGGCGGAACAAUCGGAUUGUUGAUACACAUUUUUGGAACAUUUUAUGCACUUUUUAUAUAUUUGUACAUCCAAAAAAACGUUUUUGUAAUUAACGUGUUGUUGUGAGAAAAAAAAGUUUUAUCGAAAUCUGUUAGCUUGUGAAAAACUGUGCAUUGAAAAUUCUGUUUCUUAGAGAUCACGUAGUUUGCAUUUCGGAAAUGUAUGAUUGUUUUUUUAAACAUCGUUGCUUGUACCAAAGCUUUGAUUUAAAAUUUCGAAUUUAGAACGAUCAAUUUUCUGCGCAGACUUUUCGCAAGCGUUUGUGGACAUUGUAACUUUUUUAUAAUCAAUCGUGCCAAGGCAAAGGAAUCCGAAACUUACAUUGUUGAUAGUAAUACGAAUUUCUCACUCAGAAAUUUAUGAGACACCUUGAGAGCUGACCUGAAGGUUGUAUUCGAGAUUACUUGUAUUCCCAGAGAAUUGAAUGUAAAAGCUUCAAGCGAUGUAUUAUUCUACGCUCUUCAGAGUAUGAUUCGAACUCAUUUCGUUCUUUUAAUCUCAACUUUGAACGUUUUUCUAUUUGAAAUGAAUUCAAAAUGCGUACAAAAUAAACAUAUUUACUUUAAAUUAUUUCCUACCUACGUAUUUCAACUUCUGACGUUCAGCUCUUAAAAUUUAUUUUAUGUAAGUACAAUUGUAGUUAAAUUGUAUUCAAAUAAGUUUUUUACAUUUACAUUAAAAAUUUAUCUGGGAAUCUACAUAAGUACUGCUUCACAUGAAAUAACCUAUCCUUUGUACUAAGUACUAAGUACUAAGGAUAGGUUUGCUAAGGUUUCAUAACCAAUCUUAACAUCAAAACAAUUGUAGGUAUAAUUUACGCGCCAAAUUGGAAAAAGAAGCUUUUUUGUACAAACAAAGCUUUGUAUUGAUGUAAAUAUUGUAUAGGUAGUUUUAUUAUGUGAUUAAAAGAAAAUUGCCUGCUUGGUUAUAAAAUUGUUACAGUUAUUAAACGUACGUAAAAACAUGAGCUUCGUAAUUUUAAUUACAGUGUUCUGAGUAUGAGUUUUGUAAAACUGAUGGCGUAACACUUUAUAUUGUUUUAAACUUUCAUGGUCACUAACAUUUUAGUAAUAUAUUUUAUUAACGGGAUGUACCUUGUUUUUAGCGAGUUUCUGAUAUUUCGGCACUGUUGCAAGCGUCAUUUGUUUGUAUGUUACUCCGUGAUCAUGGCGCUUGCCACAGUGCCGAAAUAUCGGAAACUCGCUAAAAACAAGGUACAUGGUAACAAUGCCGUUAAUAACAUAUAUUAUUACUAGCUGACUCGGCGAACCUCGUACCGCCCAAAAGUAAUAAUUUUCAAUAAAUUAAAAUUGCGACUAUAAUUUGAGAUUUAAACUAUCCUAUCUCUCAAGUUGGAUCGAACUGCACAUGGUGUGCGAAUUUUAUUAUAAUCGGUUAAGUGGUUUAGGAGUCCAUUGAGGACAAACAUUGUGACACGAGAUUUAUAUAUAUUAAGAUAAUGGCGUAACACUUGUCAUUAUGGAAUAGGAGAGGGUGAAAUAUACUGUGUAAGAGAGAGGUAGCGGAUUUUCCUCUUGAAUUGGAGCGCUCGCCUGGGUAAGUAACAUCUAGCUUAUAGAAGACCACAGUAAAAUAACACUACCUUUUGGUGGUGUUGUCAGAGCCGACUUUGACCUAUUGGAGGUCCAGGGCAUAUAAGGAUAAUGGGGCCCCUAUGACUUCCGUUUGGUGAUUUAACAGGAACUGGGGACUUUGUAUUUGAUCUGAGGGGGCCCCCUAUCGAUCGCGGGACCCUGGGCACUUGCCCAAAGUGCCCACUUGGAAAGACGGGUCUGGGUGUUGUGUUUCUUUCAGUGAGUAGGUUUCCAGGGUUUCAUGGGGUAGGGGAUUGGGUCAGGGUAGGAGACGGCGAGAGGGUUACUUUUUUUGUAUCGAAAGCGUUUUAAAUAGGCUAAGGAGGCCACUUACCAUUAGGCGGGCGGGUUAGCGGAAUAAAAUCCUUUACAGGCUCCGAGUUAAAAAGAGUUAAUAAAACUCGUGCUUAUUGUAUUACUACUGUGCAAGAAAACAUAAAAACAAAUGAGUUUGAACUUUAUCUUUUAUUCGCUACGUUGUCACAAGAUGGCGCCUCUCAAAUACCUAAAAAAAUCACAUUUAUGCAAAAAGGUUUCGCAAAACUCACACUCGGCGCAUAAGCCUCUCCUCACACUGGCGCAGAGUUGAAGCGAUGCGACGCGACACGGUUUUCCGUGUUUCACCUAUUCAUAUUUAUUCUCUCACUAUUAGGCGUUGUCGUCAUUGCUCACGAUCGUACGACGACUCGAUGCGAACUCGUCGUGUGAUGAAAAUAAUCGUAUGAUUACGGGGUGUCUUAAUAAAACGCACGAUGCCCAAGAUAGCCCAAUUGGUGACAUGUCGCCCAACCUGGAGACCCUGGAGUAUCUUUGCGAUCCUGAAACCUUCUUUAUCCAUUUACCAGUGUUGUCCCUUGUCCCAUAGUUAGCUGUGCAAUUAGAAAACUCAAAAGAAAAUCGGCGUAAUUAAUUACAUGAUCGUACGUAAAACCCAUCGCUCGAUCGUUAUUAAAUAAUGCUUGCUUGUGCUCGUGCGAUGGCUUACGAGCUGCAAUUAUGACACUUCUGUAUGUUCGAAAAUCAUCGCACGGCGAAAACGCAUCGUACGAUUAUUGCCAAUUAGAACGACGCCUUAAGGUAUUCCCAGUUAUUCAACGCGCGAAAACUCGGGAUUCGGUUCAAUUUUAACGUAGCUUAAUACUAGUUAAUAACAAGUUUCAUAUUUACGCCCGUUUGCCUGUCAAGGUAUAUAUAUAUAUAUAUAAAGUUAAUAUAUAUAUGGUUAUAUAUAAUAUAAGGUAGAAGGCGGAAAACAUGACGCGACGUGUCGUCGCGACUCCGCGCCAGUGUGAGUUUAGCCUAAUAGAUAGCUUUUUAUACUAGUGAUUUUAAAUAUAAGCCGUUAAUUUCAUAUUUAAGUAAGUAAUUAUGUUUUGUACGCAAUAAUUGUAAAUCAGAAUAACCUUUUUAUUAAAGCUAGUGAUGUCUAUUCCAUUAAUGAUUGUUAUAUUUACAAUAAAUAAAUUAAUAAUGAUAUUUUUAAUUAUCAAGGGAUGGUGUUAGGGAUUACGUUGUGAAAGAUGAAUUGUGAUUUUUGUGAAUUUAUAGGUUUUUAUUGUUGUUUAUUAUAUUGUGUAAAAAUAAUUUCAUUUAUCGUUAUCUUAUUGGCAACUCGAAUAUGCUCGAAUGAUGUUUAAAUCUGAUAUAGAGUUAUGUGGAUAUCGUUUUUAAAAUUUAACAAUAAGAUGUCCAAAACUGAGCUAAAAAAUAAAAAAAAAUCUGUAGCGUUGUGCUAGAGAAUUGUCUAUUAUUGUAUCUAAGUUAAUGAGAAAAUAAAUAUGAAGGGCCCUACUGCGUUUUAUAUUUUUUUCUCUUUGGAUCUUUCUAACGUGGGACGUAAGACUAAAUCAAGAAAUAAGUCUAUAAUGGUAUCCCAACUACAAAACUCUACCUAUGCCUCUACUAUAACUAUCAGGUGAAAAAUCAUCUAUUUCUUUUUUAAUUUUUUUUUUUGUUAUAAGAGGCCAAUACUCUGUUUAUUUUAUUUCGAUAUUAGGUAUGGUUUUUAGGAAUCAGUCAUAAAUAAUUACUUGCAGAUCGAAAGAAAGCUUCAUGUAGCUAUAAGGGAUAUUUUUUAUUUUUUAAGUACUUGUUAAGAAAAUGAUAGAGUUGGUUUAGUUACUUUAGGAAUUUAGUCAGGUGACUAAACAGAUUAAAAUAUUGGCUCAGAAUAAUCAAAAAAGUGGUACCUAUUGCUGGAAAAGUGUUUCAAUUGAUUAUUUGUAUUUAAACGAUUAAAUUUGAUAAUUUAGAAUGAGCAAAGCAACAUUCUCUUUGAUUAUUUUUUAUUUAGAAAUUUGUGUGCGUUCUGAGGCAUGUGUGUAUAGAACCAAAAAAAAAAUAGGUUUUAAUGUCCUAUGUUAAUGUUUUACCAAUAACAUAAGUUUAUAAAUUAGACUUACCUAAUAUACUAUUUUGAUAAUUUACGAAUAUCAAUGCUGUUUGUAUUUUUUAAGACUUUUUUGUUAAUAAAAACAUCCGAGUGGAUGUUAUUAUUUUAUGAAUAACAAUAUUCAUUUCAUUAAGAUGAAAUUCAAUCAUACACAAACAUGUUUAGUGUGAUUUACUAUAAUUAAUAAAAAUCAUGUAUUUGUAACAUACAUUUUGAUAAAUUAUGUUUGUGUGUGUUUUUUUUGAUAAAUGUAUCUUUGAACAUUCCUUUAGGAGCUUGUUAAAUAAUUUUGGAAAACUGUUAAUAUAUUUGUGAACACUACAGAAAGAAAAAAUGUAAGACUGUAAAAUUUAUGAAUUUUUUAGCUGACAAAAUCAGUCCACUUCUGUAAAAAAAACAAAUACAUAAUUACAGUACUGAUGAUACAUAAA